UGGGAGUUUUGAGGGGAGCGGCUCUGCAGUUGCUGUGGCCGCUGUUCAUGUCCCUUGGUGCCAUCCUCACUGUCCCAGCCCCUCCAGCGGGAACCCAGGUGGAUGGGAGGGGGCUACUGCCGUCCUGUGACAGGUGAGGCCAUGGCGGCCAGAGAGGAAAGGUGACUUUCCCGAGGUGACUCUCCAAGAGCACUGACACAGCUCCCGGGACCUCGGCAGGAUGGAAGAGAAGCUGAAGAAAACCAAGAUCAUCUUUGUGGUGGGCGGGCCUGGCUCAGGGAAGGGCACCCAGUGCGAGAAGAUUGUGCAGAAGUAUGGCUACACCCACCUGUCCACCGGGGACCUCCUGCGCGCCGAGGUCAGUUCGGGCUCGGCCAGGGGCAAGAAGCUGUCGGAAAUCAUGGAGAAGGGACAGCUGGUGCCGCUGGAGACAGUGCUGGACAUGCUCCGGGAUGCCAUGGUGGCCAAAGUGGACACUUCCAAAGGCUUCCUGAUCGACGGCUACCCGCGGGAGGUGCAGCAGGGAGAAGAGUUUGAGCGGCGGAUUGGACAGCCCACACUGCUGCUGUAUGUGGACGCAGGCCCUGAGACCAUGACCCAGCGGCUCCUGAAGCGCGGACAGACCAGUGGGCGUGUGGACGAUAAUGAGGAGACCAUCAAAAAGCGGCUGGAGACCUAUUACAAGGCCACAGAACCCGUCAUCGCCUUCUACGAGAAACGUGGCAUCGUACGCAAGGUCAACGCCGAGGGCUCCGUGGACAGUGUCUUCUCCCAGGUCUGCACCCACCUGGACACACUCAAGUAGCAACGCCUGGGGCUGCUUCCCGGCUCUGGGCCGCACCCCACCCCGUCCUGAUCCGGGGUCCUCCUGGCCUGAGCGCAGCGCCUCCACCCUGCCCGGCUGAGCACAGGCGGAGGAAGCUGCUUAUCCUGUUUUCAUGGACAGCUGAGCACUAAAGAAAUUUCUAAGGACA